AUGGACCCCGAAGCUGCCACACCGGGAGAAAAGCAUUGCAUCGUGGUAUCGCCCAGGCAACGCGGCAACCCACUGAUCAGGCAUUUCGUCAAUGUCACGUGUGUCGAGGGGGAUACGCCGUACGACUACAAACUGACGGAGGGCAUCCAGGCGCUCUUCCUGUCUCUGAAGUACCACCGGAUGCACCGAGGCUACAUUGGCGCACGGUUGAAGCAGCUGCGCGGGCAUAGGGUGAAGAACCCGUUCAUAGUGUGUCAGGUGGACAUUGAAGACCCGCAGGAUACCAUAGCGGAGCUCACAGUUAUCACGUUUACAUUGGGAUACCGCCUGCUCCUGAGUUGGAGUCCUCGUGAGAGUGCCGCGGUGUUGGAGGCACUCAAGAUAGACGGACACAAGGGGCUUGAGUUCCUCAACCCGAGGCUGGAGCAACCUCACCUGCAAAUUGUGCAGCGCAUCAUAGCCUCCGUCAAGCACGUCAACAACACAGACGCCAUCACCAUAGCGUCUAGGUGCAACACCGUCAAGCAGUUGAUGCACAUAAAAUCUGACCAGCUCGAAAAUAUACACGGUCUGGGCAAGAGGAAGGUGAAGUCUAUACUAGCGGCUUUCAACGACGCGUUUUUCUGA